UUCUGCACAAAAAUCGGCAGUCUACAAAUUAGUAUAUUUAUUAACAAAUUGAUCUAUAAUAGAAUAAUUCUAAUUGUCACAGCACCUGGCGCAUACAGUCCAGAAAAGGUAAAUUUAGACAGAGGGCCCCAAUAUAGUUUAUCGGGUAAAGGCAAACCGGAAAGGCCCAACGAAAAUCCAGGCCCCGCUGAUUACUAUCCAGAGAAAGUAAUAAAUUUGGAACAUAAACCUUAUUUCAGUUUUGGUAAUAGAAGGCCCUUGGAAUGGUCUAGGGAUACACCAGCUCCAGGCACUUAUUCUCCAGAAAAAGUAAAUUUAGAUAAAUCACCGCAAUACUCAUUCGGUGUAAAGGCAUUAACUGAGAAACCCGAUGAUAUACCAGCUCCGGGAAGCUACCAUCCUGAGAAGGUAAAUCUGAACAAAUCACCCCGAUACAGUUUUGGAGUUAAGACUACUGUGCACGAUACGAGUUCCCUACCAGGUCCGGGCGAAUACAGUCCAGAGAAAGCUAUGCUUUUAUUAGAAAAAGCAUUCCGAUUUACUUUUGGUCUUAGGACGAGUAUAUACAGGCCCGAUAAUAUCCCAGCUCCAAAUGUUUAUAAUAUUCCUUCCGCUCUUGGUGGAACUAAGGAAGGAAACAAGAAAGCAGCACCCGCUUAUUCGAUCUCAGGUAGACAGAAGGUCUUCACAGAUGAUCGAGUUUUAGUUCCUGGACCUGGGACGUAUGAAGCUAUUAAACCGGAUGCAGUCAGGGUGAAGAGUCCCGCUUAUAGCAUAAGCGGCCGCUAUCAGCUGCCCAAUGACCAUUCCCAGAUCCCAGGACCCGGUGCACAUUGCCCAGAAAAAGUACUCCUUGACAUUCCUCCAGCGCAUUCAUUUGGCAUUAGGCACUCGCAGUACAUAUGCAACUUGAAGGACAUGGUCUAUUAACAUGAAUGCCUCGCGGGUUUCUGCUUUCGUCAUUCUACCUUGAGAGACUAAACGAUGUAACAAUAAUAUUGCUGGAGAAAACAGGUCACUUCUUAACGCUUCGUAUAAGUGAUAUUAUUUAGUACGUAAUUAUCGGUGCUGUUAACAAUGAAAACCUGGUCCAAAAUGAGUGCAACAUGUUUGAUUUAAAAAAGUACAUCAUCGAAGGUUUUUACUUUUAGUGUUUUUUGUCAUAUUCAUAACGUGUAUUGUCAAUACUGAUAUUAAUUAGAUGACUUUGAUAGUAGAUUCACCUUUCUGUUUUUGUUUAAAUGUACGCUAUUCUUAUUUUGGAAACGAGAAAUAAACAUUCGAUAUAUUA